AUGGCUACCAAUAGCACAAACACAGACAGAAGAGACCCCCGAAUCAGCGAUAACGACGAAGAUGCUUCGAGACGAGUCCGAGCCCGCGUUUCACGCGCCUGUACAAGGUGCAGAGCGAGAAAGGAUCGAUGUGAUGGAAGACAGCCUCAAUGCUUUAACUGCAUCGCUGCAAGUCAGCCUUGUUCAUAUGUGGCAGGAAUCAAGAAAAGGGGGCUUCCUGAGGGAUAUGUUCGCGGCAUGGAGAAGUUGUGGGCUGUUAUGAUACAAAAAGUCCACGGCUUGGACGACACUGUCCGGCAGGUGGUGAAUGAUAGUGAGGAAGAGCUUGUUCGGAUUUGGAAUCAUUAUAAACACGGAAAUGACCUUCACACAGCAUGGAAGGAAUCGAGAGUACUGUCAGAACUCGAGAGGCUCUUAUCUCGCGUUGAUCAAGGCCCUGCCCUUGACCUGAAAAGGAAACGAGACAGGGAGGACGACGAAGACGCUACGAAUUCCUCCAACGAGACCCCUAGCGAUAUCCAGUUUCUGGUGCCUGAUUUUAAAGUCACCGAAGUAUCAAAUCGGGACGAAGAUGUCAUCAACGACACUCCUGCUUUGUCCAGAGGAAGGCCUCCAUCCCAGCCUACCACCUCCUCCAGCCCAGGCUCGGUCCCUCUCCCAUCAUCAGCGUCAGUUUUACUGGAACAUUAUUUCAAAUACACACAUUGUUGGUUCCCAGUCUUGGACAGACCUUAUACUCUAAAGAAAAUGUACGAGUAUACAAGACCUGAAAGACGCGCUAACCAUGAGCCUUCCGACCUUGCUUACAUGUGGGCGAUGUGUGCCUACUCAGAACAACAGACGAUGCACACCAGAUCACAUGCGAUUCUCAAACAAAGCUCAACUGUCGACGAGAUGCGUGACCACGCGAGGAGAAUGAUACCUUCCGAGAGUGGACCUUUCUCGCUGGGCCAUGUCCAAGCUCUGCUGCUCCUUGUACUGCUUGAUAUCGGAAUCGGUAAAUGGACUUCUGCAUGGAUAUUGGUGGGCUUUGCGGUACGAGCUCUCCUAGACGUGAUGGACUCUGGCCAAACGAUUCCCCCAAAGUGGAUGGCGACUUUGCAGGGUUGUUUCAUCUUGGACACGAUUGUUUCCAUGCGAGUGAAAAGGCCGCCGCAUCUUCGGAGUGAACACCUCCCACGCGAUCAGUUCCUUGAUGAAGACGGGUAUGAAGAAUGGGAACCAUGGAGUGCAAACAGAUGGGACACGCCCGAGUCUCGUGAACCCGGCUUUGUGAUAAGCUGCUUCAAUCGCUUGACCGAGCUUUGCAUGAUUGCAAAUGGCUCAUUCAGAGAUGAACGCUCUCAAAGGCAUAUGGAGGCACCGCCAGCUCGGGACUUGAUCGUUAAAUUUCAAGAUCUGACUGACAGAUACCCUUUGAAUGUCAUGGACAUUGAGCGGCGACCACCUCAUCAAAUGGUCCUGCAAGCGUGCCAUUUUGCAACAUUGGCAAUGACCUCGCAUUUGACUGGAGGGAUACGCGAGAACCCUAGAUGGAAAUUUCUCGAGAAUUUGGAACUCUUCGAACAUUCGUGGAAUGCUCCCGAAAAUUGUGGCAUCCCAUCGAUCAUGGCGGUCCUGUGUCAUUUGGUCUAUCCAAGAUCGGACAAUUCUUCCAUUUUUCUUGACAUCGACGCACCGGCAUUGUUAUCCGAACGCUUCAACCAAGUUCUAGCAAAGUUGUCAGUCAUCUGGCCAGAAUUUGAAUCCUUGAAAGCGCCGUUACCGCCGAACACACAGAUAUUACCGCAAGAAAAUGCUCCGCGCCCUUCUAGUGGUACCUUUCCUUCCGGUCAAAGAAAUGGCCUCACGAGUAACACUGCUAUUUCGCUCCCACCGCCACAGACCAACUUCUGGCCUGUGACUUCCCUGGUCACUCAAACUGAUCACAUGGUUCCCGAGGAUAUCCCUGCCGGCACAAGAGACCCCCCGGUUCUCCGGUACCAGGACAUUCCCAAUUAUCAUGAUCAGGUCGGACAAGCACCGCGAAUUGGAUCAGCACCGAUUGAUUACGGACCUAUGAGCAUUGACAUCGCCGAACAAGGAGGUCCAGCUAGUUUUGAUUCCAACUUGAUCAGGAAAUCCGGUGCGAUUGGAACCUCCCCGAGCUUCAACGGCGAUGAGAUUGACACCUUAUUUCAUGAAAUGGCUCAACUUGAUACCACUCAAUGGUCAACGGACAGAACUCAAGGUUUAAAAGAUUUUGGGUUUGCAGAUGAUUCGACCUUUGAAGCAUUUUGCAAUGACCCCGAUCGACUCAUGCUGCCAGGCGGGCUUAGGGAGGCCUCGUUCAAUAUUGCAUUUGGUUCUCAGGCGACAUUCACAAGCGGUAAUUCCUAA